AUGUGCAACAAAUUACUUGAUUCAACAAAUGCUUGUCCUCACGAAGCUGAACUUUUUUGCAAACAAUGUCAUGGACGUAAAUUUGGACCGAAGGGUGUUGGCUUUGGACUUGGUGCUGGGUCAUUAACAAUGGACAGUGGAGAACGUUUUGGUGGAAAAAGCGGAGAUAACAGAACAUUAACUGCUGAAGCUUUCACUGCUCCAAUCAAUCCACAACAACGUUAA